GGCGGGAAAACGACUUUAAAAGCUCUGAUUGGCGGGAAUGCUGGUUCCGAACAUCCGUUUGGCAUAGUGUGAGACUGGGAGCAAUUGACAAUCCAAGACUCAAAUGGUAGGCCCGGCGUACGAUUUUCUGGUGAACCCUCUCGGUGCCGUCAGAAUAACAUUCGAGGAGGCGAUCGCGUCGGGUUCUGACCUUGCCUCUUUUGACGGCAAGGACUGGGGCGCUGUCGAUCUCUUCCGCCACUUCCUUGUUGAUCAGGGCGGUCUCUCCCAGGUCCCAGUUCUGGCUCCUUCCACAGUCAGAUGGGCACAACCCAAUACUCUAGUUCGAUUCCGUGGAAUGAUACAGGACAUGCUUGGAAAUGAACUUUAUGUUGGGGCUUAUAAGGAUGGUUCAUUGUGGAGGACCAACAAGUUUACGGAUGUUUUACAUUGUCCUAUGAGUUCCUCAGCAGAUACGCGACUCUGGGAGCGCCGGCUAUUAUACUGUGUUCCAGUCCCAGGACUGAAUGCAUGGGCCGAAGUUUCGUCAGAAGCAUUUAAGAAUAAAUUAAUGGAUUGGGCAUACCAACAAAGGCAAAAGCGGAGGAGACUAGAUCAUGAGUCUACUGAUUGCGAGGAGAUGCCUGUUUUUGAUACUGAGGUUCAAGGUUCUCCAAAUACCAAAAGAAUGAGAGCAGACGAACAGUCUUCCUGUGCUUAUCAAUCACCUGUGCCUGAGGCUCCUCGCUCCAGUAUAAGUUUGGUGCCUAAUCUUGAUGGUAAUUUACCUCAUUGUCUCGUGAAGAUAUAUGAUUGUCCGGAGUCUGACUUAAAGCUGAAUGACGUUUUCGAGUUUGUUGGUGUGCUUUCUUGUGCUCCUGAGCUUCAAGUGGACAAUGAAGACCUUGAUUUUUCAAAUGGGUUUUCUGAAGAUCCUAUGCCCCAUUUACCCGCCAGCAAGGUACCAUAUCUUCAUUGUAUUAUUCACAGAAAACUUGCAGCUAAGGACUUCCUUCAGAAUAACCCCAUUAUAGAGUUGAAGCCUGAUUGGAUUAAAGAGAUUAGGAAUGGUCUGUUAAGACAUCUCACAUCUGUUUUCGGAAAUGAUGAUUUAGCAGCACAUUUCAUGUUGCUGCAUCUCCUAUCUCGGGUGCACGCUAGGAUAGACACUGUUGCUGUGGGCAAGCUUUCCCUGAAUUUAACUUGUUUUAGCAAAGAAAUAAUGUCUGUAUUUGGAAAUCAACUUACCACUAGUAUCAGGAAUCUCUUGCCUUUCAGUUGUUGUAUACCCCUUACAGUGGACUAUCUUAACGCUGCUUCACUUGCACCAAGAAAGGAUUAUGAUACUAACAGAUUGGUAACUGGAGUGCUGCAACUAGCUGAAGGUUCACACGUAAUUUUUGAUGAGACAAAAUUGGAAGCUGGAACCCUCAACUCUGUGGGUGUGGAGAAUGCAAGGUUGCUGAAAAAUUUGGUGGAGUUGCAGCAGGUGGAAUAUGAUUUCAAGUACUAUAAAAUGGAAAUGGCAGCUGAUGUCCAACUGUUAGUUUUGUCCGAGGGGAAAUCAAAUAUCUUGCCAGCUGAUGUAAUUGUACCUUUUCGACCUUCUGAAGUAAAUCAUUCUGAAGCUAUAGUUGCAGAAGCUGCGGAAGCCUGGAGGUGGUAUUUGGCUACUGUUAGACUACUGCCACAUUCUAUCGAAUCAGAAAUGCAAAAGGUGGUAGAAAAUGAUUUAGUUGCGGCAAGACAGGCAGACAGGAGCUUGAAUCCCCAAGAUUUUAGCAGAUGGCUAACAAUGGGCCGCCUUAUGUCCUUGAGCUUUGGUGAGACCAGCCUGUCUCUAGAACAUUGGCAAAUGAUCAAGGAACUAGAGAGGCUCCGCAAGCAGAGGCUGAAGUGAGCAAUUUGUGUGAGGUUUCAAACCAAAGUCAAGUUAUGGCUUUGUGGUGCUGAUCCGUAGCACUCAUUCUGGCAAAUGGCUUUAGAUGGGUUCAAGGAAUCUGGUGUUGGAUCUGACAACCAGAAUUGUUCAGCUGCUUACCUGCCCUCGCCAGCAUAAUAUCUAUACUGAAUUCACGGCUGUAAAUUUGAUUGAGGUUUCAUCUUCAUUCAAACAAAGUUUUGAAUAUAAUUUAUUUCUUUAUCGGGCCGUUAAA